CCAGGGCACCGACUGCGAUUUGGCCCCCUCUUUUGACUAACGACCCGCCGAUCUUGUGCUAAUGGCUCUGCGGGGGCCUUACCAGCGACCGUAAAGAGUCUGUAACGCCGAUAGGGGUUGUACCGGAACCGGAAAUAAUGAGUGUAUCGCGCGAUUGCAUAAUAGACGGUCAGCGGUUUCGCGAGGGAGAGUAAUGGCGGCGCCCGCCCACGAGGGUAUUUUGUGUUGUUAAAGGGACCAAAGUGUUUUACCGAGUUAAAGUUUAAAUCCAAGGAUUAUUGUACGAAAAGGACUCGCGUUAAAAUAAAGUUUGGUAUCUCUUUGAUGUAUACUCUCGUGUGAGGGGUGAUCCGGCACAGUAAAACACUUUGCCGAGCUAUGGAGGAGUUUCUAAAAGUCAAGAACUUACGAAGCAAGGCAAAACAAGAGGUCACAACGGCUGCAAGACGUCUCAAGGGCGCAUUGGACCGAGAAAUCGACCUAGAUGCUUUGGAUGGUUUGUUCCUUGAGUUAGAAAAUUCUUUCGAAGGCUUUUGCCAUGCCAACGAAGACUUCGAGGAUGCUGUGUCCUCGGAGAAAUUCAAGCAGUACCAAGUGGUUAAUGGAAAAGACCUUAAAGAGUAUGAAUCUGCAGUGCAAGAAGUGUAUGAGGAUGCUAAGAGGGUAUUUUCCGAUUUAAAAGAGGCAAAGAAGCAAAGGGCAAAGGAAAUUCAAGUUUUCCCUUUGAAAGCUGCGCUCUCUAAAUCAUUUAUCAAAAUAAAGGAACUGGCUGAUGGAAUAGAGCAGGACAUAAGGAGUGAGCUAACAAAUACUGGAAUCCAACUCUUACAGGAAGAUAAGUGCAAUUAAGAUAAACUUAGUAAUGAAAUGUGGGAAAAUAUGUCCAAGUUGGGGAUGGUUUGGGCGAUGGAAAAAGCUCAGGAAGUUGAGGUGCAGGAAAUACAGAAGCUUGUUUGUAACUUGAAAAGAGACAUAGACAAAGCUUUGCAUAACCAUUUAGCUACUGGUAGUUCCGUUUCAACAGUUCAGUCGCAGACCACAGGUGGGCCCCAAGCUCCCCAUUGUUCCACAGGGAUCACACAAGUACCCAACCCUGUCAGUGAAAACUUAGUUAUCUCACAGUCCAGUGCUAGCAUCCAAACACUCCCAAGUCCAAUCUAGAUGACAGCAAAUGGGACUCGAGAUGUCCCCCAGUCAAAUUUCCUUACCACAGGAAUCCCAGUGAUUCCUCAGUCCAAUUUCCUUACCACAAGGACCCCAGUAAUGUCCUACAGUCCUACAACAGAGAAUGGAACUCCAGAUGUUCCCCAUUCAAGUUUCCCUACCACAGGCAUCCCAGUGAUUCCUCAGUCCAGUGUCCUUACACCAGGCUACCCAUCAGCUAACACAGGUUACCCAACAGCUAUCCCAGGCUACUCAUCAGCUAACACAGGUUACCCAACAGCUAUCCCAGGCUACCCAUCAGCUAACACAGGCUACCCAACAGCUACCCCACGCUACCCACCAGCUAGCACAGGCUACCCAACGGUGACCCAUCCAGAAAAUGGCAUUCCUAGCUUUUAUGAAACCCCACGUCGACCCCCAUUGCAGACUAAUUAUCAACCCUGGUCACUGGGAUAUAAUCCCUUUGGAACUAGAACCUCUUUGAACUCUGAAGUGAGUUUAAAGAGGAUUUCGCUCCCAAUCUUCUCUGGGUUAAGGAAAGAUUGGCCGGAGUUUAAGACUGUUUGGAAACAACUAGCAGAUAAUGCAUACAGCAAUCAAGCUGCACUAGCCAGCGAACUUAAGCGGUCUGUUAAAGGGGAAGCGAAAGAACGCAUAAAUUCGGUGUUUUUCACGAAACCAGAAGCAUAUGAUAUAAUGUGGAAGAAACUUGAAGCAUAUUAUGAUGACACUAGUGCUAGUGUCCAGGCAGCACUUGACGAUAUCAUUAAGUUAACUCAAGUCCAGGACAGAGACUACAAGGGACUUGUACACAUGAUUGAUGUAGUUGAAUGUGCUUAUUCGCAACUGGAAGAGAUGAAGAAAGUUGAUGUCCUGACCAUGAGAGAUGUUGACUUUGUUAGUGAAUUGUUGCCUGUGCAUUCAAAGAUAGAAUGGAUUAGAAAGUACCAUAAUUUGUCAGUUGAAGAUAAAGUCCACCCCUUUUCCCAUUUUAUGAAGUUCCUGGAGACUGAAAGAGAAGCUGUAGCUCGCUUGGCGGAGAAGCAGCAUUUGCCCCCGAAACGGGCAAAAAGUAUUGGGCGUGGUAGAGGGCAAACCCACCUUGGUGACGGUGCAGGCACCCCUAAGUCGAAGAAAGAGUUUUUCCAGUGUGCAUACCCUUCGCAUCGCAAAGACACCAUCAAGCACAAGACACAAGAUUGUAAAGAGUUUCAAAGGCUAGACAUAUACGGAAAAGGGGGCAAGCUGGACGUUUUGAAGCAAGUGAAUGCACGCUUGAAAUGUUUUGGAGACCAUCUCAGGAGUAAGUGCCCGAGCACACGGCUCUGUAGCAAGUGUCAAAGUGGUGACCACCAUGUCUUGCUGUGUAAGGCGCAGAAAGAAACUCAGGGCGAAUCCUAUGCACAAGGGGAAAUUCACAUUUCAACAAAUAAGACACGCCUUGUUCCAGGAGACAGUCUGUCCUUGUACCCUAUAAUACAAGCUGAUGUUUCUGGAAAUAGUAAGAAAGCGACGGUGACCGUGUUUUGUGACGGUGAUUCGGACACAACUUACAUCACUCAUGACGCUGCGCAAAGAAUUAAAGCGAAACGGCUAAAGAAUUAUUCGCUGGAUGUUACAACAAUGGGGAAUGUCCAAAAGACCUACGACACAGCACAGUAUCCGUUUUCCCUUAAAACUGUCAAGGGUAAGAAGGUUGAGAUCAUUGCGUACGGUAUGGAUAGAAUCACGGGUCCAGUCAGCCAACUGGACAUGCGCACUGUCGCAGAACUGUUUCCUGAGCAUGACCCAGAAUCCCUACAGAGGAAGUCCUCCAGCGUUGAUGUUCUUUUGGGGUGCGACUACUUUGGCCUACACCCCAAGAAGGAAGAAGCACGAAGUGGAGACCACGUAAGUGUGAUGUCUGGUGACUUGGGGAUCUGUCUGCAAGGUACUCAUGCAAAGUUGAAGGAGGAGACAACGCACGAUGUCAAUCUUGUGAAGACCAUACACGAGUGCAGAAUUAAGUUUAACACACUCCAUGUUCGCUUGGAUUGUCACGAACAGUUUCGCCCAGUUGUGCCUCUAUGCACAGUCAAGACUGAGGUGCCUGCGGAGCAAGUCAGCCGACUCGGAGCGACAAACAACGCCCGUGUUGACAAGAAGUUGUCGGAUCAUAGUGAUGCCUUCAUUCAUGGAGAAGAGUUAGGUACUGAGACCACACCUCGGUGUGGUGGCUGUCGCUGUGGCAAGUGUCCAACAGUUGGUCACACAUACUCAUUCAGAGAGGAACAAGAGUUGAAGAUGAUACAGGAUAAUCUGCAGUACGAUGAGAACAAGCAGCAAUGGAUAACCAGCUAUCCAUGGCUCACAGACCCAACUACGUUGCCUGAUAAUUAUGACAUUGCUUUGGCAACUCUCAAGAAAACGGAGCACACCUUGCUCAAGGACGAACAGUGGGCGGAUACGUACAAGAGACAGAUGGAGGAUAUUGUGGCUAGAGGAGUUGCUCGAAAGCUUUCUGAUCAAGAGAAGGAAGAAUGGAACGGACCGGCAUUCUACAUCUGCCAUCUAGCGGUUAGUAAUCCUCGGUCUCAGUCCACGCCUGUCAGGAUUGUGUUCAAUUCUAGUCAGGUCUGCCAUGGAGCAUCUUUGAACUCUUACCUUGCUAAGGGACCCGACGGCUAUAUGAACAGUUUACUAGGAAUCUUGUUACGAUGGAGAGAGGAGCAAGUUGCACUGGUGGGAGAUAUAAAGAAGAUGUUCAACUCGGUCUUGCUUAGACCACUAGAGCAGCACUGUCAUCGAUUUCUGUGGCGAGAUCUGCAGACUGACAGAGACCCUGAUGUAUACGUCAUGGAGCGAGUUAACAUGGGAGACUCACCUGCGCCAGCUAUCAGCACAGAGGCUAUUUACAAGACAGCUGAUCUUUUCCGAGAAGACAGUCAAGAAGCAGCAGAGCUCCUAGAGAAGUCAAGUUAUGUGGACGAUUUUAUAGAUUCGUUCCCAAGUAAAGAGGACGCAGUGAAGACUGCAAGUGAAGCCGAAGCCAUGCUCGCGAAAGGAGGAUUCAAGAUCAAGUGCUGGCAGUUCAGCGGCGAACCUUUCGCUCGCAAGGGUGAAGACUUGCAGCUAACGGAUGAUAGUGAAGUCAAGUCUCCCAAGGAUCCACGUGACAUGCUGAAAGGAACUGAGGAUAAUCUGCGCGUUCUCGGUGUAGGAUGGCAACCAGUCAAAGACACCUUAGUCUAUAAGGUCAGCUUCAAUUUUAGUAAGAAGAGGAAGGGGAUACACACCGAAGCUGAUAUCGAACAAUCCGAUUUGGCGAGGUCGUUGCCUGCAGUUCUUACGAAGAGGAUGGUUCUGGGGCAAGUAAUGAAGAUUUAUGACCCCUUGGGUUUCGUCUGCCAUUUACGUUGAUUGGAAAGG